CACGCAUCCAAAAAGAAAAAAGGCAAGAACUUUAAUUUUAUUCGAAUUAUUCUCGAUCCUUUUUGUGUGCUCAUCAUCUUGCCCAAAAAUUCAUAUCUUUUAAGAAGAGAAAGUGCGUAAAAGAAACCCAUUUGAAUAUAUGUUUAGUUCCAACCCAAAGUCUCAACCUUUAAUCCCCAAAUCCUAAAAAAGUUUGCUACUUAUAGUAAAAUUUAGUUCCUUCUUCAAGUUGCAGAGAUUUAGCAAGUGAAAGCAGAGAUGGUGUCACAUGAAGAGAACACAAGUAUUGUGGAAUGGUUUCUUGGUCCUAAUCCAUUCACGUAUCCACCUUAUGGCGUUGAGAUGAUUCAUGAGGAAGAAGAAGAAGUUCAUCAUCAUCAUAAUUAUCAUCAUCAGACUGGUGAGUAUUUCAGAGAGUUUGAAGAAGAUCAUCGUACUAGCAGCGAUGUAGAUAAUGAUGAGAUCAUUGCAAGAACUCUCCAAGACGAUUUUUUGCAGCUUCAAAUUGCAGAGGAAAAUAAUAAUUAUUCAAAUCAUCAUCAACCAGAAGAAGAAGGUUAUACUAACAACUAUAACAAUAAUAGUAACGAAUAUGGUUGGAACGAGCAACCAGCUGUGGAUUACUCUUCAGAAUGGGUAGGGAAUGAUAAUGAGCAAGACUGUGAUUCGCCUAAUAUCUUCUCGUGUUCAAGCCCGAGUGACACGGAUGAGUAUGUGUACUCUUGGGAAUCAGACCAGUGUGAGGCUGAUGGUGAAUUUGGGAGGAGAUUGAAUCAGAUGGUUCCCAUUCCUUAUGUGCCGAAAAUAAACGGAGAGAUACCUCCUGAAGAAGAAGCAGUUUCAGAUCAUGAAAGACUUCAGAAUAGGUUAGAGAUGUUUGACUUUGCUGAGGUCAAAGUUCCUGGUGAUGGUAACUGCCAGUUCCGGGCUUUAGCGGAUCAACUAUACAAAACCGCAGAUCGUCACAAACACGUUAGACGACAAAUCGUCAAGCAGCUCAAAGCUAGUCCGGAGUCUUAUGAAGGAUAUGUGCCUAUGAAGUUCUCUGAGUAUCUAAGGAAGAUGUCUCGGAGCGGCGAGUGGGGAGAUCAUGUUACAUUACAAGCAGCUGCAGAUGUGGUAUAG